UGGGCUAGGCCCGAGCCUCACAGCGUAUCCUUCUGACUACAUUCUUCAACUAGUUGCGCUAAUUAUCCAUCCCGAAAAUUGAUCUUCUGAGCUGCGACCGCGAGGCGAGCUUGCCGGCACAUCGCCGUUGAGGCCCCAUGAGGGUGGCGCAGGUGCAGAAAACACUGACUCUAUCGGCAUCAGACUGACCAGGCCUGCCAGCCAUCCAGACGGACAUACAGACAGACGAUUCGCACGGUGCACAAAGCUCACCACGCGGGAGAGCUUUGGCCCGACCCCAUCCAUGAUGUCCACGGGCAGAGCCGCACCUUGCAUUUGGGCCAUGUGACAACCCCAUGCAAGACAUGGCGGCAUUCUUUGGAAAAUGGACCUUGUCGAGAUGCUCCGAUGAGGGUGUGCUGCAGAUGGUCUGUCAUUCGAGGCUUCGGUCUGCUCAACCAGAUUCGCUGUGGUGGAUUCGUCAACCCACGCUCCAGCAUGCCAGCCCUCAGCGCCUACAGCUCUCCGUUGGCUUCAUAUGCAGAACAUACGUCUGGCUUUGCAUUGCUGGAUGCUGGGGCGCUCUGCCACCCUCCACCUCUCCCUGCACCAUCGAGGCAGCCGGCUUUCAACGAGUCAAAGCGCCCUUCUAGACCCCGGAAUUUUAAUCAUGCCAAUCGUGUGCGAGAACUUCCUUCAACAUGCGACGGGAGAUCUGCUGCACUCAAAUUGUGUGUGGUUGUCUCGGGAAUAAAACUAAGAUGGUGUCUUCGUAUGGAAGACCCCGAAUACUUUCAUAAGAUACCCUCAAUGAAAGACGCAGGAGAACGUCAUGACUUGACUCUGAUAUCUAUUUGCAUACUUUUGCCUGACAGUAUCACGCUCGAGCGGGUCCGUGGCGGCGGCAGGGAACGGUGCGCAAUGAGACUAUCUUGCCGAUUACAAAUCGGAGCCUUUCCUCGGCCACGAUCGACCUCAAUACUUCCAGAUUCAGAUUCAUCCCAAAGGAAGCCCAUACUCCGCAGCUUUUUAUCCUUACAACACAUGAAGCGUUCUAGAUUUCCCAGGAACUUAAGCUCAGAAAUGUUGCAGAGACAACUUGGCCACCGAUAACAUACAGGAGAAUAAGGGUUAUGUGCCAACAAACCAGUCUUGUAUGAUUGAGAACUAUGCAGAAAGUGCGCUUGUCUAAGUUCGUCCAAGUGUCCGAUCCUUCAAGAAUUCACACUGAAAUAUGGAAUUGAGGGUGGAACGAACAAGACAGACACUAGCAAAUAUGAUUCUGGAACAUGCAUAAUUUGGAGUGCUGUCACUUGACAUUUAUGUGUCUUGGAUCGACGGUCAAUCUUUCGA